AUGACACUCGGCCAGCUGAAGCGCGCGCUGCGCCAGCGCGGCGAGCAGCCCGCCGAGGGGGCGAGCAAAGAGGCGCUGCAGGCGCAGCUGAGCGCGUUGCUAGGGCUCGACCCGUCGGGCUUCUCUGCGGCGGCGGCCGAGGCGGACCGGGCCGCCGUGCAGAAGAAGGAGGCGUUCGAGGCGCGGCGCGCGGCGGCCGAGCAGGCGCUGCAGGCCCAGGCGGCGACGAGGAAGCGCACGGAGGGGUCGCUCGAGCUCGCCGGCAUACGAGUGGCGACGGGCGGCGGGGAGGUGGCCGGCGGCGAGAGCGCCCAGGAGGGCGAGCUGUGCGCCGUCACCAUGAGCCGCCCAAAGGGCGGCGCGUCGCGCCGACCGCCGACCCGCAAGCCUCCCGGAGCGGCCCGGGAGGGCGGCGGGCUCAACGUAGGGUAG